GACGCUUGUCCUUCCAACCCCACCCGGCUCCCUCCUCCCAAAUUCGAAAGCCCAGAAAAUCCUCGUCGGCUCCUCUACUCCGCCUCCAUCCGAUGUCAUCCCCACCGCCGUCGCUCCACACGGAGGAGGCGCCGCGUCCGCACGCCGCGCCCACGGCCGGCGCCAGCGCAGCGGGACACGUCGGAGGUGCCGAUGCGAACCGAACAGCGUCCGGCGGCCGCGAGGUCCAGGCCACGAUCUGCCCCGCCUGCAUGGUGCCCUGGAGCAGCGACGGCCCGCAUCGCAUCUGUUGCAUUCCUUGUGGACAUGUGUAUGGCAGAUCCUGUCUGGAGAAUUUGCUCCAUCGUUCUGGCGAGGAGAGUGCCAAGUGCCCUCAGUGUGGCAAAGGAUUUGCGGAGAAGCUUAUCAUCAACCUCUAUGCACCAGAAAACAUGCUCGAGGGUUGCUGCAGUCCGGAGGAAAUUCGAGCGUUCUACGAGCCUAUAUUUGCUGCAGUAAUAAGGGUACAUUCAGAGUAUAAUGUUGCUGAGGAACCAUCCAGUGAUUCUACAUGUGAUGAGAUGCAUCAACUGUUUACAGAACGGGUGGCUCAGAUAGAGGGAACAGUGAAUGAAAAAGUGACAAUGGCUAAGGCUAACUUGAUGUUAAUGAAGGAGGGAUUGAAGAAGAUGGCUGAACAAGAAAAGAUGGUGCCGAAGGAUGUGAUAGAGUUCCUGGAGCAGAACUGCCCUCGCCUGAUGAUUCCUGUGUCGUGCUUGUUCCCGUCAUCGCCAACACCGGGUAUGGGCGACGUGGAGAUUGCAGAUGUCGAAAUAGUUGUCAGAGAGGGACCAUAUAACCCUGCUAUGGAAGAUGAUGAACAGGGUGACAUCGGCAACGACGUAAACCAUACCACAUUGGUUUCGGGUGAGGUAACCAAUGGCUCAUACAGACGAGAGGUUGAGGAAGUGGACAGCAAGUGCUUUGGUGACAGUAGCUACUCUGUGAACUAUAAUGUCGAUGACUCCAACAAAGAAGCAAAUGGGAUGUUCCUGAGUAUGAAUAUGGAGGCUGCAGCUGAAGGUGUUGAAUGCGUCGAGACCAAGCCAGCAGCAGGGCCAACCUGCUCUAUUUGUAUGGAACCUUGGACCUCCACUGGAGAGCAUCACAUCUGUUGCAUUCCUUGCGGACAUGUCUACGGCUGGUCGUGCCUCAUAAGGUGGGUCAAGUACCAGCUUUCUGGGAAUGAGAGUGUAAAGUGCCCUCAAUGCGGGGAAGGAUUUGAAGACAGGCCUAUCGACCUCCAUGCGCCAUUUUGUCAGGAAGUACAUGCGUAUUAUGAAUCUAAGUUUGCUGAGAUUGGGGCAUCGAUAGAAGACUGUACGGUGUAUGCAAAAAUGACUUCUCACUUAGAAGAGCUAAGUGUAGACACGGAUCUUCGGGAUGCAGAACUGCGUGCACUACUUGACUGUCAUUUUACUGAGAUGGAAAGAUUGAUGACUGCACAUGUGGCAUUGGCUAACGUUAGGUUGAUGUCGAUGAAGGAGCAGAUGAAGAAGAUGGCUGAAGAAGACAAGGCGACAACGGAGGAUUUGGUUGGAUUCAUGGAACUGUAUUGCCAUCAACUCUUUCCUACGCUACCCAGCCUACCCCCAUGCCCCUUCUGAUGAAAUCUGGUGAAUGAUUUGUCCUGUGCCACUCGGUGAACUGCUUACCAUACUCUACAACAUAUUAAUCUCCGAGGACUCUGGUUUGACCUCAUCUUUUGUCUAGUAAAUGGUAGCUAGCUAGUUAGCUGGAGCAAACACUAAUGGUGUUUCAAACUAUUAGAAAUAUGUGGCACUUCUUA